AAUUGAGGCUGUAAAAAGAAAAGGUCUCUAAUUGCACAAGUUUGGCUUUAAUUUGAUACACAUAUAAACACAAGCUCCCUAUUCAAAUAUAAAUGCGUCUAUAAUGUGGAAUUUUAACAUUUUGUUUUAGCUUUAAUAUAGUUCCUGAGCUCCAACAGUACUUAUGUUUCAACUUUCAAGAAUAACCAAACUUGCUGUUCAAGUGAUAACCAAAUGAUAAUGGUAUCUUUUAUGGUGUUUUAUGUUUGUAGUUCAAACUCACCUCAGCCUCCCUCCUAUCUACUUAUUUUAAAAAGUAAAACCAAACUUUAUCCAGAUUAGUGUAGUUAUAGUCUUAAAACCUAAUGGUAGAAAGGAACAACAGAGACUCUUGGUAGUUGAACCCUUUUAAAAAGAUAGAUGAGGGUGAAAGUAUAGGAAGAUUACAGAAGAGGAUAGACAUACAUAAUUAAAGAAGGGCCAUGAAAGUGCCAGAAAUCUCUUUACUUUUCUACUAUUAUUUUAUAGGUAAGGAACUAGAAUCCUCCUCUUGUCAUUAUAUAUAUGGUGUACCCUCCCCAUCUUUUUUAUCUUGGAAUUGAUCAAAGCUUUAUUUUGGUUCUAGUGCAUUUAUUUUCGUCACUGAGUUUUGUUUUUUGAGUAUUCAAAAAUGUCUCUCAUUCCUAGCCUCUUUGGUGGCCGAAGAACCAACAUUUUCGAUCCAAUUUCUCUAGACAUAUGGGAUCCCUUUGAUGGUGUCUUCACCUCUGCACGUGAAACCUCCACAUUUAUCAACACAAGGAUUGAUUGGAAGGAGACCCCAGAAGCUCAUAUUUUCAAAGCUGACCUUCCUGGACUUAAGAAAGAAGAAGUGAAAGUAGAGGUGGAAGAAGGCAGAAUUCUCCAAAUUAGUGGAGAGAGAAGCAAAGAGCAGGAGGACAAGAAUGACAAGUGGCACUGUAUCGAGAGGAGCAUCGGGAAGUUCCUCCGCAAGUUCAGGUUGCCAAAGAAUGCGAAGAUGGAUCAGGUUAAGGCCAGUAUGGAGAAUGGAGUGCUUACUGUAACUGUUCCUAAGGAGGAGGAUAAGAAACCUGAGGUCAAGAACAUUGAGAUCUCUGGCUAAGCUAAAUGGCCAAUGACGUUUUACCAUAUCUGGCUUGUGUUUAUUAUCCAUCAAAUAAAUGUAAUUCAAGCUGUUUGUGUGUGAGAGAAGUUGGUGUGUUUGUAAUUUCUGUGAGAGAGUACACAGCUCUCUUAGUUCUUUUCCAAUGAUGAGUGUUUAUUUAUAAUUCAGGUUUUUCGUGAUCUCUUGAAUUUGGGUUAGGCAGUCAUCAUGUAGUACAUAGCAUAUACAGAACCUCGAUAGACAAAU